CAUCGCUGAACCGGAAACAGGAAGGGAGGAGUGACACAAUUGUUUUCCUCACGAAAUUUGUUUCCCUUGGCUAACUUGAACGGACGGAUUGUCCAGGGAUUCUAUGGAAGAGAUGUCGGGAGUGAGUGCGGUCAGCACAGCAGUGCCUGCGGCUACCACCCGCACCACCUCCUUCAAAGGUUCCUGUCCAGGUUCCAAGUAUGUGAAACUGAACGUGGGUGGCGCCCUGUACUACACUACCAUGCAGACCCUAACGAAGCAAGACACCAUGCUCAAAGCCAUGUUCAGUGGAAGGAUGGAAGUUCUUACAGACAGUGAAGGCUGGAUCUUAAUUGACCGGUGUGGGAAGCACUUUGGCACUAUCCUGAACUACCUCAGAGACGGGGCCGUCCCACUUCCAGACAGUCGCCGAGAGACAGAGGAGCUACUGGCUGAGGCCAAGUACUACCUGGUUCAGGGGCUGGCGGAUGAGUGUCUCGCUGCUCUACAGAACAAAGACACAUAUGAACCAUUCUGCAAAGUCCCCCUGGUGACCUCAUCCAAGGAGGAACAGAGGCUAAUUACCACUGCUAACAAGCCCACUGUGAAACUUUUAUACAACAGAAGCAACAACAAAUAUUCCUACACCAGCAAUUCUGAUGACAACUUGCUGAAGAACAUAGAGUUGUUUGACAAGCUGUCACUGCGGUUCAACGGCCGAGUGCUCUUCAUCAAGGACGUGAUUGGCGAUGAGAUCUGCUGCUGGUCUUUCUAUGGCCAGGGCCGUAAGAUUGCAGAAGUGUGCUGCACAUCCAUUGUCUACGCCACUGAGAAGAAGCAGACAAAGGUUGAGUUCCCCGAGGCCCGAAUCUAUGAGGAGACCCUGAACAUCCUCCUGUACGAGUCGCAAGACGGCCGGGGUCCCGACAACGCCCUGCUGGAGGCAACGGGUGGCGCAGCCGGGCGAUCGCACCACCUGGACGAGGACGAGGAGCGGGAGCGCAUCGAGAGGAUCCGGCGGAUCCACAUCAAGCGUCCCGACGACCGCACCCACCACCAUCAGUGAGGUCACCUGAGGUCGCCACACCUUCACUGCUGCAAAUGAGGUCUAAGCUCACACCACGCCUACCACCACUGACAGUCACACGCACUUACCUGUGAGAUCACUGGCCGUCACACACACUUACCUGUGAGAUCACUGGCUGUCACACACUUACCUGUGAGAUCACUGGCCGUCACACACACUUACCUGUGAGAUCACUGGCUGUCACACACUUACCUGUGAGAUCACUGGCAGUCACACACACUUACCUGUGAGAUCACCGGCCAGUCAAAUCUGUAAUCACAAAUUACCUCACAUCCACGUUCACUACCAAGUUUCAUUUACAACCCUAUAUACCAGCAUAGGGUCCUUCACAUGGAGUCCUUUUGGAUAAAGAUUGUAUGUAGGAUUUUACAUUAUUUUAACACUGAACUGUUGCAAAGAGUUCACUACUGGCCAGAUGGUUAUUGAAGGAGUCCUUAUUAUGAAGAAUUAGACCAAAGAGGAGCUCUACAUGAACAAAUGAGUAGGUGUGUUCCCCAAAAGUGGUGUUGUGCUACGACCAUGUUCAAAUGGAAAGACACAUUUUAAACAGUCUUUGUGACCAUGGUCAUAGCACAAUAAUGCUUUUGGAAAAUGCAGCCCAGUAUCCUUAAGAUCCCAUAUUUGAAAGAGUCUGAUAUUCCCUUUUGGUUCAGCACUAUUUCAGCUGCUAUUUUAAACUUAAGUCUGCUUAAGUGCUCAAAAUAUAUGGACACUAAUUUUCAUGCCAUGGAAUUUCAAUUUGGUAUUUGGUAUUAAAUUGUCAAUUGGCAUGAUCAGCAACUCUUUGGUCUUGCGUUAGUCAUAUGAAAAGCAUUUGCUCAACCAAGUGUGUGUGCGCUACAGUGGUGCACAAGUUACAUACCUGAACAUUUAAAGUCGGCUGUUCUACACCCCUUCGACCAAGGUUAGGAAUCAAGCAAGUUGUUCAGAUGCUGGAUUCUAUUUUGAGAAAAAAAAAAACUAGUACUUAACACUGAUCUUUCAGGAUAUAAGAUGAAUAUUGAGGUUAGUCUUAUUUUCUUUUUCUUCUUUUUUUGUUUUUGUGAAGGCACAUCACUUUCUGAGCAGCUGCACUCGCCCAGUUUAUGUCAGAACUUCCCUUCAGUUCUAAUCAUUGCUAUGUGACUCCAUCUUCUUUCACUGUCUGAACAUAUUUGCAUUUUAUAUUGACUCAAAAAAAUCCCGGCAACCAAGUAUGAAAGAAUAUGCUAGAAUUACAAAAAGCUUUAUUGAAGAUUUAGUGCCUUACUCCUUGAUGUGCAUUUUUUGCCAGCAGAGAUUUUGUUACACAGCCUGUAUUAGUCAAUCUUGUUCAACCCUAAAUCAUGUAUUCUAAAUAUUAUCACUAUAUAUUUAAGACUCUAGUUUUCAUUUAAAACAAGUGAAAACGUUUCCCAUCAUUUUACCAUCAGUAAAAAAUUUUUACUAAAAUAAAAUUAAUUGUUUAAGUUUAAUUGUAGUAGGUGUUUAGUUAUAGCGUAUCACUUAUCCAUGUGAGAAUUGACUCUUGGAGACAAUUUCUCUAAUUAAGGGCUAAAGGAAGACUAGGAUCAUAAUCUGACAUAAAUCCUGUUUGCUGACAAUAUUUUACUGUUGGAGUUUGGAACGGUUGAACAUAGAAUGUAGUGUAAAUUCUGACCAAAGACCUGGGGUCUGUCUCAAAUUAAAUCCUGAGUUCUGUAGGCACUAAGCUUAAUGGGCUUACCAUUAAAGUUUGCACUGAAAUAUUUCAUUUUUUGAAAAAUUCCCAACAUACACUAGAGGGCACAGUGACCAGAAAAUCAAUGCUGUCUACGCGUGCUGCCUGUGAAGUAGCCUAAUGCCACAGAAUCACGUUUUAAUUCGUUACACUUGCACAAGUAGUCACAGUGUAACAGUAAAGACAAUUGGGCCCAACUUGCAGGGGCCAGGUAGGAUGUUGUCUUGGAAACAUGUCAAAUGUCAUUGAAGCACAAGUGGCAUAAUGUUCAAGCCAUUAGGAUCCUUCUUAGUGCCUGAAUCCAUAUAUGCUAUGUGUUGAAUCACAUCUGAGGGAACUAGUAACCAAAAUGAGACAUAGUCCUGUGAUUAUCUAUGAUGCUGAAUUGAAGUGAACAGAUUGAGGUUCAUUUGUACUGUGAGGCAUUCCCUUUCCUAAGUGGUUUUAAAUUAAGAACAAAAAUAUUUUAGUUACAUUUAUGCAGUAAAACAAUCAUUUCAUGUGAGAUUUGUAUUUGCACAAGAUUGUAUUAACUAAAAUUAGUUUGUAUUUUGUAUGUUAAUAAAUACAUUAAAGAUGUUUACACAUGCGA